AUGACGAAUGUGACUCCAAUAUUCAACGAAUUUCUUUCCACCCAUCCAGCAGUCGCUGUGAUCCCUCCAGACCGAAAGCCCCCUCCACCCAAAGAUGAGUUUCUCAAGGAGGCACUCCGAAUCGAAUCGCACAUAUCAUCCUUAGCGAAAUAUCUUCUCUCUAUCCGACGGGCGUACCUCUCUACAACCUCCGGUCGGCCGAAUCCUUCUCGAGUGACCACCUCCAGCUCCGCUUCAUUACUCGCUCGUAACAAUCGGUCAACAUCGCUUACAGAUGCACAACGUGACGCCAUCGAUGCGGAGACGAAGGGCGUUAUUCAGGAACUCUUGACUGUCAUAUCCCGACUAGAAAGCACUGAGAAGGUCAGGGCGCAGACGGAAGAAGCCCUGCUCCGGAAACGCUACUCUUCAGGGUUGCGCGGUAUCUUUCGUGACGAGACGGAGGAGCGAGAAAUGGAGGAGGAUAAACUUAGGACGCUGAGCGUUCACAGAGAAGGGGUGCUGUGGUUACUAAAAACAGGAUUGGAAAAAGCCAGUGAAUUGCAGAGAGGGCAGCAGGAAAUUCGGCUUCAGCGACAGGUCGAAAGAGGGAAGAGCAUCUUGUGCAAGGCUCCGCCCGGCUUUCCGCCACCGAACCAUACAAGUUUGCCAGUGACCAGCUCUUCUAGGUCCGUAGCCCCAACGGGGAGAAGUGUCUGGUUAGAAGACGAAGAACGGAAGAAUAUAGAGAAUAUUCUUACGGAAGAGCAACUUCAACUCUUUGAGAAGGAGAACGGAGACUUGAUGAAGCAUUAUGAAGACACUCUGGAUCAAGUCAAGUCCGCAGAGAAAUCUCUCAUCGAAAUUUCCUCUCUACAAACUCAGCUAGCGACAAACCUGGCCACCCAGAAUGCACAUAUAGACAACCUCGUUGUUGAUUCAAUGUCGACCACCGAGAACAUCCAAAGGGGAAACAAAGAGCUGAAGAAGGCAGGAGAAAAUAUCUCGAUAGCUAGGUCAGCGUUCUGGGGUACUGUAGCGUUUUCCGGAGUUGUUUUCAUUUGGGAUUUGUUCAUAUAAUUUCUAUGAUAAUUUCCUUCCCCCACG